GUCUUCCGCAAGUGACAUUUGGCGGCACCAAUCGCCGCCCUCCUUCCCGGCGGCCGAGCCCUCCUUCCCGCGGCGGGGCUGGCGGGGCGGGGACGCUGCGCGGCGGCGGCUGAAGCGCUAGCCGUGUUGGGCGCUCCGGGCGGCGGUGGCGGCGCUCGUAGGCGGUUCCGGUCGUGUCUCUCCGGGCGGCGGCGGCGGCUCAUGGCGGCGACCGAGCUGAGAGGAGUAGUGGGGCCGGGCCCGGCCGCCAUCGCAGCUCCGGGCGGCGGCGGCGCGGGUCCACCCGCGGUGGGAGGCGGCGGCGGACGCGGGGACGCGGGGCCCGGCUCCGGGGUGGCGUCCGCGACGGCAGCGGCGGCGGGCGGCCCGGGCCCCGGGGCCGGGGGAGUGGCGGCGGGCGGCCCGGGCUCUGCACCGCCAGCCGCGGGCUCGGGUGGUUCGGGCGCCGGGGGCUCGGGCUCUGCUAGAGAGGGCUGGCUCUUCAAAUGGACCAAUUACAUCAAAGGCUACCAGCGGCGAUGGUUCGUGCUGAGCAACGGGCUACUGAGCUACUACAGGUCCAAGGCAGAAAUGAGACACACCUGCCGUGGUACCAUCAACCUCGCCACAGCCAACAUCACUGUGGAGGACUCUUGCAACUUUAUCAUUUCCAAUGGUGGUGCUCAGACCUACCACUUGAAGGCCAGCUCGGAAGUAGAGAGGCAGCGCUGGGUGACAGCCCUGGAACUGGCCAAGGCCAAGGCUGUGAAGAUGCUGGCAGAGUCAGAUGAAUCAGGAGAUGAAGAGUCUGUCUCACAAACGGACAAGACUGAGCUUCAGAACACCCUCCGAACACUCUCCAGCAAAGUGGAGGACCUGAGCACAUGCAAUGACUUGAUAGCUAAGCAUGGCACUGCCCUGCAGCGUUCCCUCAGUGAGCUGGAGUCCCUGAAGCUGCCUGCUGAGAGCAAUGAGAAAAUCAAACAAGUCAACGAACGAGCCACGCUCUUUAGGAUAACAUCCAAUGCCAUGAUCAAUGCCUGCAGAGAUUUCCUCAUGUUAGCCCAGACUCAUAGUAAAAAGUGGCAGAAGUCACUACAGUAUGAAAGAGACCAGCGUAUCCGACUGGAGGAGACUCUUGAGCAGCUGGCGAAGCAGCACAAUCACCUGGAGAGAGCCUUCCGGGGAGCCACGGUGCUGCCGGCAAACACUCCAGGCAGUGCUGGUUCUGGUAAAGAUCAGUGCUGUUCUGGCAAAGGGGACAUGAGUGAUGAAGAUGACGAGAAUGAAUUUUUUGAUGCACCAGAGAUUAUCACCAUGCCUGAAAAUUUGGGCCACAAACGUACUGGUAGUAAUAUCAGUGGAGCCAGCAGUGACAUCAGCCUUGAUGAACAGUACAAGCAUCAGCUGGAGGAGACCAAGAAGGAAAAGAGAACCAGAAUACCAUAUAAGCCAAACUACAGCCUCAACUUGUGGAGCAUCAUGAAGAACUGCAUUGGAAAAGAGCUCUCUAAGAUCCCAAUGCCGGUAAACUUUAAUGAGCCCUUGUCCAUGCUUCAGCGCCUUACUGAAGAUCUGGAAUACCAUGAGCUAUUAGACAGAGCUGCAAAAUGUGAGAACUCUCUAGAACAGCUCUGCUAUGUUGCAGCCUUCACUGUUUCCUCCUAUUCCACUACUGUCUUCCGAACUAGCAAGCCAUUCAACCCUCUCCUUGGGGAGACCUUCGAACUGGACCGACUGGAGGAGAAUGGGUAUCGAUCCCUCUGUGAGCAGGUGAGUCAUCAUCCCCCUGCUGCUGCGCACCAUGCUGAAUCCAAAAAUGGCUGGACAUUGCGUCAGGAAAUCAAAAUCACCAGCAAGUUUCGAGGCAAAUACCUCUCCAUUAUGCCCCUCGGUACCAUCCAUUGCAUUUUCCAUGCAACUGGGCACCAUUACACUUGGAAAAAAGUGACCACAACAGUACACAACAUUAUUGUGGGCAAGUUGUGGAUAGAUCAGUCUGGUGAGAUUGACAUCGUAAAUCACAAGACAGGAGACAAGUGUAAUCUUAAAUUUGUUCCUUAUAGCUACUUCUCUCGGGAUAUAGCAAGAAAGGUGACAGGGGAAGUGACAGACCCAUCAGGAAAAGUUCACUUUGCCCUCUUGGGGACAUGGGAUGAGAAAAUGGAUUGUUUCAAAGUUCAACCAGCCUCUGGGGAAAAUGGGGGUGAUGCUCGGCAGAGAGGCCAUGAAGCAGAAGAAAGUAGGGUCAUGCUAUGGAAGAGGAAUCCUUUACCGAAGAAUGCAGAAAACAUGUACUACUUCUCAGAGCUCGCCCUCACUCUCAAUGCCUGGGAAGGUGGCACUGCACCCACAGACAGCCGGCUUCGGCCUGACCAGAGACUGAUGGAAAAUGGGCGCUGGGAUGAAGCAAAUGCUGAGAAGCAGCGCCUAGAGGAGAAACAGAGACUUUCCAGGAAAAAGAGAGAAGCAGAAGCUAUGAAAGCCACGGAAGAUGGCACACCAUAUGACCCCUAUAAGGCACUGUGGUUUGAGCGGAAGAAGGACCCUGUCACCAAGGAGCUAACCCAUGUUUAUAGGGGUGAAUAUUGGGAAUGUAAGGAAAAGCAGGACUGGGGCUCUUGCCCAGACAUUUUCUGAAGUGGUUGUAACUCAAAGGAAGAGGUUUGAUCGGAGAAGACGGCAGAGGAUGUGCGAGAAGGCUGGCAGUUGGGACUCUUACCAAGUGCUUUCCUCAAAUUUGUCUGUCUUAACCAAUCACUUUUUCCAAAUCAAUCACCAGAAGCAGACACCCGUGGUGGUGAUUGGCUGGUUGCCUUAGCUGAUUGACGCUGAAAUCGACGUAGUAGCUACCCAUGUUUGUAAGGGAGCGGUUUAGUGGCUGAAAGUUAGUGUUAUUCUACAUCUGCAAAGGCAAGUAAGUGUUUGUGGUCUUCUCCCUCUGCCCCCAUAUAAGAUGAUGUCAUUCACCCUCCCCUUGUAGUGUCCUGCUCAGCCAAGACCUGCAUAAGAUUGUGAUUCAUGAGCAUUUUGGUGCUGUUCAGAGCAAGAACUGAUCUUAAAGUUCCUUUAAAAAGAAACACAUAAGACUUAACCAGCAGAGGCAUCAUGCACAGGUCUCAUGUUAGGAAAUAUGCUCACAUGUGGAGUUGGUUUAACAAGGCGUCGUAUGUAGAUAACUAAGGUUUUGGAGCAUCUACAGGAGAGAUUGUUCUCUAGGGCUGGAAUAUUGAGUUACAUUCUUGGAGAUUUUUCCUUCACUUGCAUACAACACCCCUCUGCUGUUUUCUGUCUCCUUUGACAGCAACCAGAGGCCUCUUUGGCAGUUGAUAAGAGGGCCACACUAUCUUUAUAAAGGGGUUUUAUGGUCUUCCUCAGGUGGAGAACCUCUGAGAACACAGGCAGGGUGGAAGAAGACUACUAGCCACUUGUACCUUCCCAGUCCCUCCUCAUCCCGUCUUCAUUGCCUUUCUGGCUUCUUUGCUGGCACAGUACCAAUUUGGGUAUGUGCCACAGUCUGGAGCAAAACAUUGCCUGACCCAUUCUGUACACUUCAGAAUCUGAGAGAAGUUUCUCUGCAACAAACGUUUUCAUCAUCUUGAAAGUCCCAUGGAAUGGAGCCACCUCUGGAAUAAUGUGUUAAAUCAUCUGUAUAUUAUAUAUAUAUAUAUAUAUAUAUGUAGAGAAAAAUCUAAUUUUUUUUGUUUUCCUCUUUCCCAUGAAGAAUCUUGGUUUUUUUUUUAUAUCACCUGUCUCCCUGGGACUCUCGGACGCAUGCUAAUAUGGGUUGAUGCUCCUCUGCUUUCCAUCUUUGAGGGGCAUUGCAACCCUAAGCAGGGUCAUGUGUGGCAGUUACUGGACAGGGACAAGGAGGAGUGUUUGUCACAGUGACUCACUGCUGCCUCAGCUCUGCUUUCCUGAUCACCUGGCUCUUGGAAAGGAAGUCCUAGUCUUUUUCCCCCGCCUCAGUUUCCUUCCUCAGGAGUACGGGUAGAAAGUCAGGAGGGUGGUUUCUAGCUUCCUUCUGUUCCAGCCAGCUCAGGCUAAAUCCCAAAAGAGUUUGCUUCCAAGGAUGUGAGCUAAGAGCCCUCAUGCUCUGUGGGAACUGCUCCUGCUGGGCCCUGGCUUCCUUCUUUCAUUUUUCUCUGUAUUAAUUUUAGUUUCCUGUUCAGAAACAUAACCCUUGUGCAACCCACCCUUGGUUGAGGGUCAUAAAUUGAGGUGCCUUCCUUAUGUACUUUUUGUUAGUGUUUUUGUUUUUGUUCCUUAACUAUUGAGCCUCAGCCAGUGUGGGUCCUUGGGGAAAAAUACCAUUCCAGAGGAAGCUAUCCCUCCAGGGAAAUUGGAUCUUACUGGGUAAAUUAGUACUUUUAGUCAUCCUCCCACCCCCCACCGGCUCUCCCUCCCCAGAUCAAACACAUCAAAGAUUGAUCACUGGGGAAUUUCCUCCUAAGAAGGCUUUCCCCAGCACAAGGGUUACUCCGGGGAGACCCAUAAAAUGGGCACCAUCUCUGGAGACUGGGAUAGAAUGGAAAUUUCCCAAGGAACCUCGUUGCUUUAGCCCCUUUCCCCAUAUAUCUGCACUACAUUUCUAGCUUGAUUCCCAGAUCCCUGCUAACGGAAGAAGCCUAGAAGUCCUGAAGAUGGAAUAAAGUCACAUGAAAGUAAAACAAGACUAUAUAUAUUUUCAGUUUUUUUGCCUUAUUGCUUUUUUUCAAAAAAAAAAACCUACUAAAUUAAAUAAUUUUUAAAAAGCUA